ACGUGGUUAUAGUACUUUGACACAAGCUCCGAAAACACUUCGGAAAAGUCCUAUCAUUAAAGAGACUCUAUCUCGGAAACGCAAUUGUCAACGACGUUCAUCUCAGUAGCCUUCCAAGAUUUUAUUGAAGACAUGGACUCGUUUGCUGAGGCAACCAAGAGGUUUGUUCAUCAUGUGAAAGGGGAUUUAAUUCCCAACACUGUAUUCCACGACUCCAACAAACUGUUGGAUCCCACUAGAUUGGUUGUCAAGACCAAGCAUUGGUAUUCGUGGAACCCCGACUAUCGUGUGUCGGAAUUUAAACUGGAAGACCUUCUAGGAGAUAUACCACGUCAAGCAGAGAUUAAAACAAGCCUCUUAAUGGCUAACUUUGUCCUUGAUAUUGAGAAGAGACAGACAGGGAAUGUGGGUGGAGGCAUAUUGCAGUAUUUGUGCAAAGUGGUAGGGCAGGGCUGCAUGAAACUCAAAUGUGAAUUAGGUCCACUAGACAGAAUGGAACUGAUCAAUUUAACGAAUUUGAAGACUGACAUUAAAAGGAGGAAAAUGAUUUGUGACCCGGGGCUGAAAAAGAAUGAGAAGUUGGUUCUUGUGAAGGAGAGGGUAGUGACAAACAGGCCCUUCUCCAUCAACUGCUCUGACGAGGUGGACGCCUCGAUUACUAGAACAAUAAAUAUUCCUCCAGGGCAGCUGGGAGCAGAUGGAGGUCAUUUAAGGAAAGAGAAUACAACCAUGCAGCUUCUUGAAAAGACUGUCCUUGCCUACAAAGUCCAAGAGCUCAUGGAGCUCAACGUCAACGAUGAUGACGAGUUAGAGGAGGAUGGUGGAACCUUAUCUGCAGAAUUAAUAUCCGAUAAGUCCAUUAAUUGCCUAGACAAAGUACUGGAAGCCUUAGAAGAAUAUGUGAAGCUUCUCCAGCCCUUAGUUAGUCUUCCAAAGCAGACCAAAUCAUCUCUGUUGAGGGAACUUUGUGAAGUUCUAAAAGACAGGCAAACCUUUCAAAGGUUCCUAGAAGACAGGGGUGAGGACUGGAGUAAUUCCGUCUGCACCCUUUUGGACCAACUUCCUACGAAACCCCUAGAAGGUUCUCGUGUUGUCACAGAGUCACUGGUCAGAGUCUUAGAUGCUUUGCCAAAUGGGGCUUUAAAUAUGCUGGCCAACUGCAGUUCCAGUGAACUUCAAGCUCUCAACAAACUGGUGGAGGCUCUGAAGACCAAUCACAGCAACCCCCUGCCUUCUGAGACACUGCCCCCCAAACUGCAAGAGGGCGGGGAAUAUAACUGGGCCACACAACUGCUCUGCUCAGCCAGUGAAAAUCUACAUGAUGAUGGAAACCUGUUUCUUGAGACAGGAAUCCAACCAGGCGGUCUGCUAUUGGUCCUGUGCAUUGCAGUUCAAGGGCUCACUUUCUUGGGGAGUUAGUGUAUGAUAGGUGUGGAGGUCAAGGCUGCAUAGAACAGGCCAGGAUAGUCUUAACAAAGACCAUAAAUGUGUUGCCAAUUUUCUUCCGAGUCCCGUCAUUUAAAAGCAGUAUGCAUGCCUUUUUGUAUUUUUCUUAAAA